UAGGGUUUAAGAAGGGCACAGGCACCAGCCUCUUCAGUUCAUUCUCCCUCCGGCGAUUCCUCCUCCUCCUCCUCCUCCUCCGCCAUCCUCAGCCGCCUCCGAUCCCGGCGUCCGCCGGCGUUCGAACUCUUCCCCCAAGAGCCCUCCCGAGAUCAGAUGUGUACGAGGAGGGCGGCGGUUGUGGCGGUCAGCUCCCUCGCUUCCCUUCCCAAGGUACGUUCUUCACGAACCUGCUCCUCGGAUUCCCUCAGGACGCUGAACGCGUCGAGGCUCAUCAGUUCCGCCGCCGAAAGUUACGAUUUUGGCGCGCCCAAUGGCACCGGCAGCGAGUAUGCGCCCGAGCUUGAGCAGAACCCAAAUGGGUUUCGCGAGACAAGCCGGAAUUAUGCUGAUUCUGCUCGGGGGAACUUGAACCCUAAUGGGCUUCACGGAAGAAUGAAUGGCUCGGCUGUGCAAGGUAGGAACUUUAACGAGCAUGGUAGGCCGUCUUAUGGUGACUCUCAGGCGAAUUGGAAUAGUGGAGUGUAUAGGGAGGGUUAUGGAGGUGAAUAUGGGAAUGGGCCGGUCGUGGAGAAUAUGAACACGGGCAGUUAUGGCAAUGGCUCGGGCGGUUGGGCACGGCAGUCGAGCGAAUUUCAGCAGAAUGGGAGUCUGAAUGCGGGUUAUUAUCCGAGUCAGUAUGCAGGGCAGUCUCCACAAAAUGUGAAUGUGGACAGCUCUUCGGGUAGUGUACCGGGGUUUGAGCGGAAUCCGAAUAUGUUUUAUGGUAGGCAAGGAAAUGCAUCUACCGCCGGAGCUUCUUCUUAUGGAGAGGGAUACACUCAAGCGAGGCCCAACGUGAGUGGAUCCUAUUCCCAAAGCCCUUCGAACGCACAAAUGAUGGGGCGACAUCAGGAAAAUUUUGGCUAUAAUAUGGGGAUGGGCGGUGGCUUUCAAAACGGGCAACAAACCGUGUCCCCCCAAAAUCUAGGUGUCGGACAGUACCCUCAAAACUCUUCUUUGGGACAGCAUCAGGUGAACUCAAAUGAUAUUAAUGAUUCGAUGGUGGCUUCUCAGAUGCCUGGGAAUUCCAGGCCUGGACAAGCAUUGGAUGGAGCUUCUGAAGGUGCAUCUGACAUUGGUUCCCUCGAAGAGUUUGAUGGUUUCUGUAGAGAGGGAAAAGUGAAGGAAGCUGUGGAAGUUUUGAAGUUGUUGGUUAGUAAGUGUGUUGCUGUUGAUUUACCUCGUUUUGUACAACUGAUGCACCAGUGUGGUGAAAAUAAAGCUCUCGAAGAAGCAAAAACAGUUCAUGAACAUGUCAUGAGAUCAAUGUCUCCCAUCAGCGUCUUCACCUAUAACCGCAUCUUGGAAAUGUAUGGCCGAUGUGGUUCCAUGGAUGAUGCAUUUGCGGUUUUUGACAAGAUGUCUGAGCGUAAUUUGUCAACAUGGGACAUCAUGAUCACAUGGCUUGCAAAGAAUGACCUUGGAGAGGAUGCCAUUGACCUGUUCACUCGAUUCAAAGAAGCAGGGCUUAAACCCGAUGGACAAAUGUUCAUUUCUGUGUUCUCUGCUUGUGCAGCAGUGGGUGAUAUUUCUGAAGGGAUGUUGCAUCUUGAAUCGAUGAGCAAGGAUUAUGGCAUUGUUCCAUCUAUGGAGCACUAUGUAAGUGUAGUAGACAUGCUGGGAAGAACAGGGCAUCUGGAUGAGGUGAUGGAGUUUGUCGAGAAAAUGCCGUUGGAGCCUAGUGUUGGAAUCUGGGAGACCUUGAUGAAUCUUUGUAGAAUUCAUGGCCACACAGAACUUGGGGAUCGCUGCGCUGAGCUUGUUGAGCAGUUGGAUCCAUCACGCUUGAAUGAACAGUCAAGGUCAGGUCUUGUACCAGUGACAGCUUCUGAAAUUGCUAAGGAGGAAGAGAAGAAAAAAAUGGCAAAAAAAAAUCUCCUAGAGGCAAGGAGCACAGUCCAUGAAUAUCGAGCAGGUGAUACGUCUCAUCCCGAGACACACAGAAUCUAUGCUCAGUUAAGGGGAUUAAGGGGACUUAUGAAAGAGGCUGGUUAUGUUCCGGAGACUCGAUUUGUCUUGCAUGACGUUGACCAGGAAAGCAAGGAGGAUGCCCUUCUAUCUCACAGUGAGAGACUUGCAGUUUCUUAUGGUCUACUCAGCAGUCCAGCCAGAUCAUCUAUCCGGGUCAUUAAGAAUCUCCGUGUUUGUGGGGAUUGCCACAAUGCGCUGAAGAUUAUGUCAAAGCUAGUGGGCAGAGAGUUUAUCAUGCGUGAUGCCAAGAGGUUUCACCAUAUUAAAGAUGGUGUAUGCUCUUGCCGGGAUUACUGGUAAAGUGAUGAAAGUCUAGAAACUUCGGUAGCUAGUGUACUUUUUAGUGGAGCCGUGAUAAGUUAUUUCAAUCAAUUCUUUGUGACAAUAUACACAACUAUUGUUAGCUCAGAAAGUUCAGUUCUUCUUCCUUUCUUUUUUGGCUGGAGCUUUAAUCUGGGCAUUUUUCUGUCACUUUUUGAUUGACCUCAUAACUCAUUGCCGUAUCAAUUGACCUAAGAGAUGUGAAAUGAAGAUAAUCAUGUUUAUCUCA